CGUUUGGAUUCCUUCACUUUCUGAGUGUCUCCGGUUACUGCUGCCGCUGCGGGUACCACCACAGUGCUGAGCUGGACAAGGAUACACCCUCACCUCAGCAUCUCUCCAAACUGCCACAUAAAUAAGAAGACUUUUUCCCUCUCUUGCUUUUGUAACUGCUACUUGCAGAAAAAGUUCACUCCUCUCUCUGCUGCAGCAUCUGAGGUGCGCCACUGAAGUUACCUGCGCUGCAGGAGAUCAUCCCCCAGUGUGUGAGGAGCCACCGAUGGAGCUUUGACUUCUUAUUCCUGCAGACUCAAACUAACAGAGGAUACUGGGAUACUCACAGAUCCAAGCUGCUGCGCGCUCAAAAGGAGCUUUUGGGCAAAUGCCAUUGCGAUGCUGUGGAUGUGACUUCAGACAACAGCUUCACUACGGUACAGUCCUGUAAAGCACAAUGAAAGACGACUUUGCUGAUGAGGAGGAGGUGCAGUCCUUUGGUUAUAAGAGGUUCGGAAUUCAGGAGGGUACAGAGUGCACCAAGUGUAAAAAUGACUGGGCUCUGAGGGCGGCUAUUGCACUGCUCUAUGUGCUCUGUGCCCUGCUCACCAUAGCAGUGGCUGUCCUCGGAUACAAAGUGGUCCAGAGAAUGGACAAUGUCACAGAGGGCAUGCAGAAUUAUGGAGGCAAGAUCAACGCUGUAGAGACAGAUUUGAAGAAACUAGAUGAUCAAGCAGGAGAAAAGUCGGUUAAUGCCACAAGUGACAUCAAGACUUUCAAGUCAGAUCUGGAGGCCUUACAGAACAAACUGAAUGAUAUUGCCCUCAGGGCAACCAGAAACAGGGAUGUGCUGGAUGAGCUUCAGCUCACAGGAGACGACAUGCAAAAUGGCCACGUCUCCCUGCAGAAUUUUUUGCAAAGCAACGAGGCCUCACUACGUGGAGUCAACCAGACCUUGGCCUCCUACGGUGACAUGAUUGACAGCCUCCAGACAGACACCGCAUGGCUUCAGUCAGAGAUACAGGGCCAGGUCAAAGUGCAAAGCGAGACCCAGGUCAGUAUCAGUGCACUGAACAUCACCCAGUCCCAGCAGCGCAGUCUGCUCAGCACGCUGCAGAAGACGGUCGAAGAUGCGGGCCAGGCGGUGCAGAAACUGAAGAAUGACUAUCAGGGACUGCAGCAGACAGCCAGACAGACACGCUCUGACACAGAGUGGCUAAAAGAAAAGGUCCAGAACCUCCAGGUUUUGGCAGCCAACAACUCGGCCCUGGCCCGUUCCAAUGGAGAAGCUCUGGAUGAUUUGGGAACUCAGCUCAGCACACUAGCCAGCCAAAUCCAGAACACCUCAGCUGUUAGUGAGGAGCAUGGCCAGAGCCUGCAUGAGCUGAUGGACCACCAGAGAGAUCACGAUAACACCACCUCAUCUAAGUUUGAUGAGAUGGAGGCACGAUUGGACAGACAAGAGAAUGACAUGGACCGUGUGACUGGAAACGUGAGUUUCACUGCGCAGAUCCUAGGCGCCAUCAGCUCCGACCUAAGCGGCCUGAGGUUUUGCGCUGAGACAGUGAUGCGACAUUCAGAUCUGAUAGUGGGGCUGAAUACCAGUGUGACAGAGGCCAGUGCAGACAGCAAAGAGCUGCGCACCCAGCAAGAUGAGCUGGCGGCCAGGUUGGACAAAGAGGUCAAUAACCUCUCCAUGGUGAUGGAGGAGAUGAAGCUGGUGGACAGCAAGCACUCACAGCUCAUCACCAACUUCACCAUCCUGCAGGGUCCACCAGGUCCAAGGGGCCCCAGGGGGGACAAGGGUCCCCAGGGGCCAGUGGGCCAGACAGGACAAAAGGGUGACAAGGGAGACAAAGGGAUGCCAGGGGUGGUGGGACCCAAAGGAGAGAAAGGUGCUCUUGGACCAACAGGUGCGACAGGUCCAAAGGGUGCAGCUGGGUCUCGAGGUCUUCCAGGGGCUAAAGGAUCAAGGGGGUCUGGAGGUCGACCUGGAAACCCUGGGGAAAAAGGUGACCCUGGGUUGCCAGGGAUUCCUGGUAGGGAUGGACUGUCAGGGUUGCCAGGACCACAAGGGCCACAGGGGCCCAGAGGAGCAGCAGGACCUGCAGGGCUUGAGGGGCCUCGUGGGCCUGUUGGACCCAUUGGUCCUCCCGGUCCUCCAGGGCUACCAGGGAUACCUGCGCCUGCACCUCCGCUUCCAAAGCCUCCUCAGCCCACUCAGCCCACUAAGGUUCUUGCAACCCCCAAACCACCACAGCCUCCUAAACCACCUCAACCCCCCAAACCACCUCAACCCCCCAAACAACCUCAACCUCCCAAACCACCUCAGCCUCCCAAACCACCUCAACCCAAACCAGCAGCGCAACCACAAGGCUCUGUGUCCCGGCAGAUCCAGCCCUCUGCUGCUGCUGCUCCAGUGCCUGUUCCAGGUUGCCCUCUCGACUUCAGAAAAUUUGGAGACAGCUGCUAUUACUUCUCCUCUGGUUCUCAGAGGCUCAACUUUGACGAGGCCAAGCAGUUUUGUGCUAACAUAUCAUCUCUAAUGCUUAUUAUUAACGACAAUGAGGAACAGCAAUUUGUGAGAGAUGCAAUUGCGAGCAAAGGGUAUUUCUGGCUGGGCCUCACUGACAGGGAGGAGGAAAAUGUCUGGAAAUGGGUGGAUGGAACCUUACCUGUUUUCAAGAAGUGGAAGCCUGGACAGCCAGAUAACUGGACCCAUGGCCACGAAGAUGGCGAGGACUGUGCUGGCCUUAUCCAUAAUGCCAACUGGAAUGAUUUCUACUGCACUGACCGCAUCGGCUUCAUCUGUGAACGUGCCUCUGAAAACGCGGGGAAGGUGAAAUCUGUUGUUGUCAACACACCAGCAAUGCCUCUCUUCGCGACCAACCCAUUUGACCAAGAUGUUGAGAAAGCGACCAGUGAGAUGAACACAGCUGAGGACUGGGGCCUCAUUCUGGACAUAUGUGAUAAGAUAGGGCAGUCACGCACCGGGCCUAAAGAAUGUCUCCGGUCUAUAAUGAGAAGAGUGAACCAUAAGGAUCCUCAUGUGGCCAUGCAGGCAUUGACUCUACUUGGUGCGUGUGUCUCAAACUGUGGGAAGAUAUUCCACUUGGAGGUGUGCUCCAGAGAGUUUGCCAGUGAAGUCAGUAACGUCUUAAACAAGGGCCACCCCAAAGUGUGUGAGAAGCUGAAAGCCCUGAUGGUGGAGUGGGCAGAGGACUUCCGCAACGAUCCCCAACUCAGUCUGAUCUCAGCCAUGAUCAAGAAUCUGCGUGAGCAGGGUGUCACUUUCCCAGCCGUAGGGUCACAGGCUGCAGAGCAAGCAAAAGCAAGCCCUGCUUUAGUGGCAAAGGAUCCCUCCACCUCAACAAACAAAAAAGAAGAAGAAGACUUGGCCAAAGCUAUUGAGCUGUCACUGAAGGAGCAGCGUCAGCAGCCACAGACCUCCCUGUCGAGCCUUUACCCAAACACCUCCAGCCUGCUCUCCUCACACAAGUCUGACGGCAGGAAAGUCCGCGCCAUCUACGACUUUGAGGCCGCUGAGGACAACGAGCUCACCUUCAAGUCGGGAGAAAUCAUCACUAUCCUGGAUGAUAGUGACCCCAACUGGUGGAAGGGGGAAACAUACCAGGGAGUCGGGUUGUUCCCCUCUAACUUCGUCACAGCUGACCUCACCGCAGAGCCUGAGAUGAUGAAGACAGAGAAGAAGACAGUACAGUUCAGCGAGGACAUCCAGGUGGAGACCAUAGAGCCCGAACAAGAGCCUGUAUAUAUAGACGAGGACAAAAUGGACCAGCUACUGCAGAUGAUCCAGAGUGCAGAUCCCACAGACAACCAGUCAGACAGCGUUGAGUUACUACAGUUGGAAGGUGCCUGCAAUCAAAUGGGACCUCUCAUUGACCAGAAGUUGGAGGAUAUAGACAGGAAGCACUCGGAGCUGUCAGAGCUGAACGUGAAGGUGAUGGAAGCUCUGUCUUUGUACGCCAAGCUAAUGAACGAAGAUCCAGUCUAUGCCAUGUAUGCCAAGCUGCAGAGUCAACAGUACUACAUGCAGCAGCCUGCCAACGCAGCACAACAGGUCUACCCUGGUCAGCCUGCAUCAGGUUCGUAUGCCAUGAGCGGUACGGCAGUGCAGGGUUACACUGUUCCCAUGGAGCAGCUCCCCGCUGGAACCCCCAUACCUGGUCAGCCAGCUCCUAGUGACGUUCAUAUGUACAUGGGCCAGCCGCCAGUCUACACUGCAGCUCCAGGCAGCAUGGCCCCAGCAGACUUACAGUCCUACCAGAACCCAGCCAGCGCCCCAGGCACGACUCCCGCAAGCAUGACGCAGACGCCAAACUACAGCAGCACCCCCUCUGGCCAGAGCAUAGCACCUUCCUCAGACACCUCACAGGCCCCCUACUCAGAGAAAGCCUUGUUAUAGAGCCCCCUGAGCUCACAGUUAUCCUCACGCAAACACGCGCACCAGACCUGAUCAAACAGCGGUCGAAGAUAAUUUCUUUUAUUACGUUUUAUAAUUUGUUUCACCAUGGAACACCACAUGGAGGAAACAGUUCAAAUAGAGUAGACUAAACACGGCAUCCGGCACGCUUUGUGUCGUUUUAUUUGGCAGAUAAAUAUACAGUUACACUUCUUACUCCAGGUUUAGAAGUGAUCACGAGGGUUUGACUUGAGGAGCUCACACCAAGACACACAUGGUCUAAAAACAGGCACACUAUGUUCUUUUUGGAUUGUAUUUAAUUAAUGAUUCCUCUGCAUCUACACACCUCUGCUCUGUUUCUUCACGACUCAGAUGUGAAGACACGGAGCUUCCAGUUGCACUUUUACUUUCAGUUGCACUUAUUUAAGUUUCGUUCAAGCCUGAUCACUUCCAAAUCUAGAUCUGAUAGCAAUAUCUGCAUCGUCCAUUUUGAUGUACAAGACCUGACAUCUAUUGCUUCCUUUUGACUAUUGACAAAAUGUGGUAAUGCUUUAUUUUAUGGGUCUGAACUACACAAUUAGGUUAUCAUGGGGAAAAUGAGACAAAGUUAUUGUAUUUAAACUUCAGUUUAAUUUCAAAGCAAUUAAUGAGGAAUUUCUGUAAAAGAAUGGCAAAAGUAAAUAUUCUUUCAUUAGUCAUUUAACUUAGAGAACAUUAUCCUUCACACUGUAUAUAUUUUUGGAUAUUCAGGUGACCUACUAUGGACUGGCUUAAGAUGUUUUAGGUUACGCUAGCAGUUCAUUACAGUGGAACCCGCUUACACUAAUCAACCAGAAUCAUUCCCAUACAAAUGAUGUUUAAAUAUUUUGCUGAUAGUAAUCAAGUCGUCACUUACGUCUUUUUGUACAUGACAGUAUACGGAUAAAAAAAAAAAUCUAUGGUACGGUAAUUCUUGUUUUGUUUAUUUAACUUAACUCCCCUGAUACUUUGCCUGGCAGUAACCUGUCUGCUUCCAGCUGGCUACCUGAGGCUGGCAAUGUGCGCACAUUACAAUCAUGACAGUGAAAAGAAGGUCAUUUUCUCUAAUGAAAAACGUAGACUAAGAGGGAGAUGACUGGUUGCUCUGUUUAUACAAAUGUGGAUCAAAAUCUUGUGUCAAACAACAGAAUCGACAGAAAGUCAAUCCAGGCACUCCGAAAAAAUCUAGAAAAACGAGGAAGGAAUAUUUAAAAACUUUCAUUGUAGCGGCCACAUCAUUACAAGAGCCAACAUGUUUCUACCACUGUAGGUCUUGGUCAGGGCUUUCAAAACGAAAAACGUAGUCUCCUCAAAAUGUAUCACAAACUGCCAAAAACGAGCCAGUGAGAUGCAGCAGUGGUGUUCCUCAGGCUACUUUGUGUAGUCUACUAAAGCAACAGGAAACACUCAUGGCUGCUGGUAGUGGAGACAGGAAACUAAUGCGCAUGGGGAAAGCACCUGUGGUUAAAGCUGAACUCGUAAAGUGGACUGAUAAUGCCCCUACAUGAUGCCCCCUAUUAUUUUAUAUUCAUGUAAUUGAUAUACAAAUGUUAGUUAGAUGGUAAUCUGCAUGAGGGAUAAAGAAAAAUACUCAGUUAUAUGAAUCAUGUCCUAAUAGUUAUCACUGUGACCCUGACAGACGUGAUCACUGUAAGAGGGUUCCACCUUAACUAGAAGUGAAGGCAGCUGUUUAUGUGCAGUAUUUUCUUAAUAAUAAGCAUCAAAUUCCCCACUUCUUUACUAAAAACUUCCAGGAAAUUACAAAAUUAAGAAGUUACGGACCUGUAAAAUAAAGCGUCAACAAAAUUGUUUUGAGAAGACAAGUGUAACUGUGAGCCACUUCAGCCUAACCACAAAAUAUAUAUGCAAUUACUAUUUGAUCAAGUGUGAAAUACACACAGGCAUUCCUUUACAGCACCCCUCAACAUGCACACUGGAGCUACACACAGGACAUCCAAACACACUACAGACAAGUGUACAUACAGCCACACACACACCAACACAGUUGCACCAGUUGGUUGAUACCUUACCGUCACUCACACACUAAUAUGCCACAGCCUUCUCACCCACUUUAAUCAACUGCAGUGCUAAUCAUGUCACAGAAAAAGAGGUGUCAACUCAUAUUGACAUUUGUUUUUAAACAGGAAAAAGGACUUUUAGUGAUGUUAAAACCAUUAGGUUAAUACAUUCUGUAUAUGUUGUCAACUUUUAGAAGUACUGAAAACUGAAGCCACUUUUUGUUUUUGAGGGGAAAAAGAGGAAUUUAAGCAUGCACAUGACUCUUGUAUAUACUGUACUGAACUCGUAGUGAAGCCACAUGAUGACCUCAUGGGUGGGCUGUAUGUUAGCACAGCUCCGGGUGUUUCCCUCAGCCUUAAAGGUGAACUCUGCAGUCAUGACGUCUCUGCUGAACUGAAGGUGUAAAAGCCAAAGAGAACAAAAUGGGGGGGGGAAACCCCGCCAGAAAACCCGGUAUUUUUCUUUUCUUUUUAUUCUUUCCGUCACGUGAUUGACUCUCAACUUCAUACUGCAGAGUUUUCCUUUUCAGAACGAGCAGCUCUAGAUCCUUGUCGGCGGAUAUAAGCUUUGCUCUGUGUCCAUUCAGGGGCUGUACUAACAGACUUAAGGGGCGAACUCUGAACAGCCCCAGUGUCUUCAAAGCAUCUCUUUAGUCAGUGUUGAAAAAAAUGAAUUUUGUAGUGCAUUUUAAUUUAUCUUUUGAUUAUUGUUAUUGCUAUUUUAAAUGAAGAAGCAGUGCAGGAUGUAUGUAUUCAGAGAAAAGCGGAGUAUGUGAUAUUCUGCCUAACUUAGUUGUAUAUUUAAAUCGCUCACACAAGAACAUGGACAUUUCUCUCAGUGUUUGAUACAUGCUUAUUGUACUGUAGGGUCAAAUGGUAAUGUGAAAAACUGAUCGAACCUCCCCACGCAUUUUGAAUCUGUCCUUUCUCAGAGAUGUGUAACACUAAAACAAAUUCUACCUGACGCAGGACUGACAUGAGGUUUGAUGAGUUGGGAAGGUUCAGUCAGGGUUUGUAAACACUUCUUCUCAAGUUCUUCCUAAGCUAUCAGUUACAGCAACACUUACCGAUCAAAUAUUGGACCAAGUUCUCAAACCAUACACACUCUUCUACGGCUUCUACGUCUUCAGAAUCUUUAGGAAAGAGUUGAUGUUUACAAACACUGACUGGAUUGCAAAGAAGCUGAUGAAACAGGACGAGUAUUUAUCUGUUGUUUAAUAUUGAAUGAUGGUAAAUGAAGGAAUUAUGAAGCAGUUAUAUAAAUAGGAUGAACUAGAUUUUCCAGUCGCAGGACAAAUUGGUGUUUGUGUCACCACAAUUUCUCUUGAGAUUCUAUGUUUCAGUCGUGCUCCUUCUUGCCACCCCCGUGCCACCGUACGGAUGUAAAGCAACUCAGCAACCUAAACUUUAGGGACUUUGCAAACAAGAGGCCGUUUCAUUCUCCAGAACUUGAUUUUAAGCGUUGAUAUAGUUGAUUUGAAAAAGACACGGAAUCUUUUUUUGUUUUUGCUGCCUUCAACUAAAUGCAAGCGUGGAAAUAGUGUUAAUCUGUUGGAUCAAAGAGGGCUGAAAAUAUCAAAUAUAUAAAAAGUAGCAGCUAUUCUGGGACCACGGGACCAGGAGCCAGUUAAUCAUCACACGUCAUCCGAAAUGUAACAUCUUGUUGCACCACAGUGGUGGACCGCAGCCCCCGAUGUGACUUUAUUGCACAGGAUUGAGAUGUUGCCUGUUUUUAAGUUUUAAAACAUCGAUUAUUGUAAAGGUUCUGUCUAAACUUGUAUCCUGCUGUUUGUAUGUAUUCUUUUAACCAUACUUAUUAAUUGGUAUUCACAAUAAAACCAGGCCAAAUGUACAGAGUAAUACAAAUAGCCUUGUUUUACUGUUU